AUGUUUGCACAUCCAUUUUUGUCAUUCAUUUUUUUGAAGAACCCAAAGAAGAUCGGUACUUACUCGACGGGAUUCAGUGGUUCAUUACAAAAUCCAUCGAGUCACUGCCAUGCAAGCUCUAAUUCCAUAGGUGACAAGGUCAAAAAAAUAGACCACGUGCAUAUUCACGCAAUAGGCAAAAAAAUACCGUCACAUUAUUGCCAACAUUUUGAAGGAUUUAUUGAAGGCAAAAAGAAUGUCAAUAUUGGAGUUAAGCUAACAAAAGGAUUAGCAAUAUCAAAGGUUGAACGUGGAGCAGUAGCAGAACGAGUGGUGCAAUAUGGUGAUUUAAUUACAGAAGUUGAUGACAAAAAAGUAGAAUCGCGCGAAGAACUAGAAAAAAUAAUAUUGGAAAAAUGCAAAAAUGAUUACAAGUUCAAAAUUAGUGGAAUACGUCUGUGUACUAAAAUGGAACUGCAUGAUUAUCGUUUCCCCAAAGGUUAUGAACCAAGCCCAAAUUAUAAAUAUCACAUAGCAAUUUUAUAUUUGAUCAAUGGAUGUCGUCUAGCGCUUGCCGUUAAAUCGUACAAUUGCAAAGUGUUCGUCACACGUGUGGUUGAGCAUACUUUGACGGCAAUGAGUUUACUGUCAGGUGAUGCUAUUCUUGACGUCGAUCACAAGCCAGUGACAACCGUUUCUGACGCAUCAGAUAUAAUUAGCGAACGAUUAAAGAAACAUGGAUAUGCAACUUUGUUAAUCGAACAACCAAAUAGUCCAGAAGCAAAUGCGCAAGUCCGAUUAGCUUUGCUAACUGAAAAGUCAAUUGAUAUAGAUUUGCCACUUGCACCGGAUGUCGUGGAUAUUUGUAACCGAGAAAUCAGGCGAUUGAAGAAAAAUCUCAAUUUGCAACCGAAACAAAAAAUUUUGAAAAUCCCCAAGGCUAAGCCACGCUCAAGCAAGUCUCCUCAUAUCCAUGUGAACGAAAGAACAGAAGAUAUACCAAUUGCAUGUGAGGAUAAUCCAGCAUUGUUAAUUAAAGUACCACUCGUACCACCAAAGUUAGAACAAUCAAAUCCCUCUAAUGCAAGUGAAAAAUAA